AUGGGUAAUGCUCUCGUUGAACAUGGCAACAAAUUAGCAGACAAGAAGGGCUUGCCCAUCUUCAUGCAAGCUUCGCCUUUCGGCUUUCCGUUUCAUACAAAGCAUGGCUUUGAAACCGUACAGUGUUUAGAUGUAGAUUUCAGGGAGUGGGCACCAAAUGCCAAGGGUAAUGAUAAGGGUUAUGGAAACUAUAAGUUCCGCUAUAUGCAAAGACGACCACGGACACUUCCAGAUGACCCAGACUUUACGAACACGCUAUUGGCUCCAGGAGUGGUCUUGUUAUGCCUCAAAAGAGCCACUCAUCCUAUUCUCCGCGAUACAGCAAGGCAGGGGUCGCUUCGUGCGCCAGUGAAUGUUUUUCCAACAUGUGCUGCCAAUGGCAUGGGCUUCAGUUGUAGUAGCUUAGUACUACCGGACAGAGGGGAUGACAAUACCAUCCUUGAAAGUGUAUGCGCCAGCUGCAAUACAGCCACUAUGUCAGCCUUCGCACUUGCACAUGUUGUGCUACUGCAAGAGGUAUCUUUCUUGAUCGGAAGGGACUUAAAGGAAGAUAAAGAUCUACGCAACCUUGUCAAUGCAGCGAUCAAACGUGCGGUUCCGGACCCGGAUAAAUACUGGGUGGUGACAUUCUGGCAACUAAAAGCUGUAUUGAAUAUGGCAACUAGAAUCGUGAAGAAUUGGGGGAAGCUAGAGACAGUGAUUCUGAAAGACAAUGAAUAG